AUGUCUUCAAAUCGCACCUCGCAUGAAUAUUCUUUAGACUCCUUUGGUCCUACAAUUCCAAACGGGUUCGACUUUACUUUACUUUUCCAAGACUCACUUCUAUCUAUACUGCCCUCUGCAAUACUUCUCUUAGUAAUUCCUUUGCGGGUUCGGUCCCUACGUAGUAAACCUCGAAAAGUUCAUAGAAGUCUUAUCUAUGAGAACAAGCUGUUAUUCCUCGUCGUCUUUGCGUUGAUGCAAACUGCUCUGCUUGUUUUAUAUGCAAUUAAACCUACCCUGAGAACACGUGCAACUUUAGCUGCCGCUGUCCUCACUCUCGUUGAUGCGUUGGGACUAUGCCUGCUAUCACACGCGGAGCAUUUGUAUUCUAUUCGACCAUCUGCUAUCAUCAAUGUCUACCUUCUAAUUACACUGAUUUUUGACAUUGCUCGUGCAAGAACGAUGUGGCUUGAAGAUGGCGGUGUGAAAUCCGUUGCGGCUGUCUUCAGCAGCGCUAUUGGGGUCAAAGUUAUGGUACUCUCCAUUGAAGCCAUUGAGAAGAGGGGAAUCCUCCUUGAGAGGUACCGAUACUCGUCACCGGAGGUUACCAGUGGAAUCUAUAGCCGCAGUUUCUUUUGGUGGCUGAAUACAUUAAUGAGAACCGGAUUCCGACGAGUUCUAGGCAAUGAGGACCUCUAUCCGAUCGAUGAUAACAUGACUUCAAGGGUGCUUCUUGACCGCGGACAAGAAGCGUGGAAUAAUACGAAUAAAACCCGACCACGAGCAUUAUUCUGGUCAACUCUGUCGGCCACCAAAGGUGCAUUUGCAUACUGCAUUUUCCCUCGUAUCUGUCUCAUUGGGUUUCGAUACGCCCAGCCGUUCUUACUUUCGCGAACAGUCAACUUUGCUAGCAAUCCCAAGGAACCGGAUAGCAUUGGCUGGGGUCUUACCGGAGCAUUUGGGCUUGUGUUCGUUGGUCUUGCCAUUGCUACAGGGUCAUACUAUCAUAUGAGCUAUCGAUUUAUCACCUCAAUUCGUGGAACUCUCGUUGGCAUGAUCUACGCCAAAACGAUGGACCUCAGUAUCACGGCUCUCGACGAAAGUGUCGCAGUCACUUUAAUGGCAAGUGAUACAGAAACAAUAUGUCAGGGCCUUACCAAUGUCCACGAACUAUGGGCCGUGCCUGUCGAGCUUGGGAUUGCCUUGUGGCUACUUGAGAAGCAGUUAGGGCUAGCGUUCUUAGCACCUACAGCCGUUGCUAUGUUUGCGACAGGAGGUAUUGCGAUUAUGUCAAAAUACAUGGGUAGUGCCCAGAAGGUUUGGAUAGAGGGUAUCCAGACUCGAGUAGAUGUCACUGCUUCCAUGCUAUCGUCCAUGAAGUCGGUCAAGAUGCUCGGCUUUGCCAACAUCCUAACAAAUAUCAUACAAGGGCUGCGUGUCACGGAACUCAAGCUCUCGUCUCUUUAUCGCAGACUCCUCUGUGUUCGCGUGUUUUUGGGUAACAGCGUGAAUGCGCUCGCACCCCUGUUCACAUUUGCCGUGUUCGUCAUCGGCGCAAACUCAACAGGUCGAACCCUAAACACCGCCUCGGCCUACACUGCGCUCUCUCUGAUUUCCCUCCUGGACGGCCCAAUGAACACCCUGGUGUCCGCAAUUCCAAUGCUAAACGCUGCCAUGGCUUGCUUUGCUCGUCUCGAGUCUUUCCUCAACUCUGAUGCUCGGAGAGAUGACCGCUUGCCACUUCUAGGGCCAGGAGAACUUGGUGACCAGUCCUCUCCUCCGACUAGUUCUGUCAACAAGGACAUCGAGAUGGAAACCCUGCGCCCAGUUCUCACUAGAACCAAAAUCAAUUCCGUGGUGAUCGCAACCCAGAAUGCCAGCUUUUCUUGGGACAUUGAUGGACAGCCUGCUGUUUUCGACUUGAGCUUUACCUUGCACCGCCACCAGUUUUGUUUCGUCAUCGGGCCUGUUGGAUCAGGAAAGUCAACCAUGUUGAAAGGUCUCCUUGGGGAGACACCCGCGUCUAAAGGCUUUGUCUACCAAAAUUACCAGGAAACCUCGUUUGUCGGACAAACUCCCUGGAUUCGAAAUGGAACAAUCCAAGAAAAUAUUCUUGGCAUAUCGUCAUAUGAAGAUGCCUGGUAUAAACAAGUUGUUAAUGCAUGUGGACUAGAGGGCGAUGUCUUAAUUCUGCCCAAGGGUCAUGGAACACCUGUUGGCAGUGCUGGUAUCUCCCUGAGUGGUGGCCAGAAGCAACGGCUGGCGCUCGCAAGAGCAUUGUAUGCCCGAAAUGAUCUGGUAAUGCUUGAUGAUAUUUUCUCUGGACUUGAUGCAGAAACCGAGGAGCACAUCUUCAAUAAGCUACUUGGUAAGAAUGGUCUUUUCCGGCAACUUGGUACCACAGUCAUUCUAGCGACACACGCAGUACACAGGCUUUCCUACUCCGACCACGUCAUUGCAAUGAGUGGUAAUGGCCGGAUCAUGGAGCAAGGUUCUUUCGAGCAGCUCAGAAACGCGGGUGGAUAUGUGCAGAGCCUUGCUGCAAGGAUCAAAAGCGAAGAUACUGCCAACUCGACAGAAAAGAAACCCGAUAUCUCAGCUCAACCAGUGCCUUUCCAAACCGACAACGAAGAGGAAAUUGAAGAGCUGAACAGGCAAACUGGGGAUUUUGCCGUGUACAAGUACUAUUUCGCUUCCAUCGGAUGGUCCACCACCACUGUGUUCUUUGUCUUUGUGGUGCUUUAUGGAGUUGCUUCCAAGAUGACGGAGUUCUUGGUUACGUACUGGACGAAAGCAAUCACUACCCACGGUAAUGAGGUCAACGGGUUCUAUAUUGGCCUUUACGCGAUGCUAUCGCUGCUUGGCUUGUUGGGGCUUGUUGUUGGUGUGAUUGUACUGGCCCUUAAAAUGGUGCCCAGAAGUGGGGGGGUACUCCAUGGGAAAUUGCUUGCCACGGUGAUGGGUGCACCGUUAAGCUUCUUCACGAAAACCGACACAGGUACAACUACGAACAGAUUUAGUCAAGACAUGACCAUUAUUGACACUGAACUUCCUUAUUCGCUUGUCGACCUUUCUCUCUCGGUCAUAACCACGACCAUGGGCGCUAUUUUGAUGUGUCUCUCGGCCAGCUACUUCGCCAGCCUGAUGCCACCAGUUAUUCUCGCAGUUUGGGUUUUGCAGAAAUACUACCUGAGAACCUCUCGGCAGAUGCGACUACUCGAUCUGGAGGCUAAAUCACCUCUAUACUCGCACUUCCUUGAGUCGCUUACCGGACUGGUAGAAAUCAGAGCUUUUGGAUGGAGUGAUAAUUUCCUAACGCGGAAUCUUGACCUCUUGGAUACAUCGCAGAAGCCAUACUACCUUCUCUUCUGCAUCCAGCGCUGGCUUUCGUUCAUUCUCGACCUGAUGGUCAUGGUCCUAGCCGUAGUUUUGAUGGUCCUUGUGGUCAAGCUGCGAGAGAACAUUACCCCUGGAUAUGUUGGCUUGGCCUUACUCAACGUGAUGAGUUUCAAUCAAUCGCUUGCCCAGAUUAUCAAGAAUUGGACACAGCUCGAGACGUCAAUAGGAGCCAUCGCACGCUUGAUGAGUUUCUCCGCACAAACGGCAUCCGAGAAUCUCCCCAGAGAGAAUGAAACCGUCCCUGACAACUGGCCAGCACACGGAACGAUCGAAUUCAAGAACGUUUCGUCUUCGUACACCCCAGGCGGGAACCAGGUCAUCCGUGGCCUCAACAUGUCCAUCAAGGCUGGACAGAAGAUCGGUAUUUGUGGGCGAAGUGGCAGUGGGAAAAGUUCACUGAUAACCACACUUUUCCGGAUGCUCGAGAUCGCCGAGGACAGCGCAAUCACCAUCGACGGCAUCGAUAUCACGAGACUUCCCAGGGAGACGGUCCGUUCGAGACUGAAUGCCAUUCCUCAAGAGCCGUUCUUCGUCAAAGGCACCGUUCGUUCCAACGCCGACCCAUACCAGCAGCACACGGAUGCAGUUAUCAUCGCAGCAAUUCAGAAAGUACACCUUUGGGAUUUAGUGAAAAGUAAGGGUGGACUCGAUACCGAACUGGAUUCCGAGUUCUUCUCACACGGCCAAAGACAAUUGUUCUGCCUGGCAAGAGCGGUCUUGAAGAAGAACAAAGUGGUCAUCCUAGACGAGGCGACGAGCAGUGUUGAUACCAAGUCGGACGAACUUAUGCAGAAAGUGAUACGUGAGGAGUUCACGGCCUGCACCGUCAUUGCUGUUGCUCAUCGACUGGAUACUAUUUUGGAUUUUGACAAGAUUGCCUUGCUCAGCGCUGGGGAGCUGAAGGAAUAUGAUACCCCUCAGGCGUUGCUGGCGAGGCCAAGUGCCUUCAGGGAGUUAUACAACUCUUGA